AAUUCAUCGACUACGACUCGACAUCUCUUAUCAGUAUAACCGCGAUGCCGCGAUGAAUCAAAACAACGCAUUCACUGCCACCUGUUGCUUCAGGCAGAGAGUUCAUCACAAGUUCAUCGGUUUGACAGUUCGCCUAGCGGGGAUUCACCAUGCAAUCGAGCGGUGAUUCACAGCCUGUGAAUGUUUUGCUGCCUAUUUUAAGAAAGUUACUCAAAGUUAUUAAAUUGUGAUAAAUCGUAGUUUUAUUUUUCAACAAAAUGAACUGGAAGGAAACUGUGUCCCGUGUUUUACAUGGCAUGAAGAAGUCAUCUCAUGAAAAAAGUAAUAAUGUGUAUCAACCAAUUACAAUGCAGGAUCUUCCAGAUGAUAUACUACUGGAAAUCUUUUCUUAUUUGAGUAGUGACUAUUACAAAGUAACAUCUUUAGUGUGUCGUCGGUGGAACAGUGUGACCUUCGGAACCAACAAAGUUCAACUCAACGUAACCGUUCUCAACAGGGAUCGUUCCUCUGAGAAAUCAUAUCUGCGACUACUUUCAAAAAGCAAACGACGCUACAAAAAUUUAAAGCUAGCUGACUGCCAACGCUCUUUAGUUUUAAAAUUGUUGCCAAAGUUUUCCUCAAAUUUGAACUCGCUGACGCUGAGCUGUAACUUCGAGCUGAGGCAUUUAGCCAAAAUCUUUCAACACUGCUCAAACCUCAGGACGCUGGACAUCAAGUUCAGCAAUUUCGAUCGAACGUCCAAGAAAUCGAACAUCCUGCCAUCGCUGCCCAAUCUUCAAACCCUGAAAGUGGACAUAACCUUCCUGCACCUCCCCAAAGUCAACCUCCACCAACACGUUCCAAACCUAACCUCGCUAACGCUUCUCUUCAGCGAAGAUCUCCCAGUUCCGCAGCCCAUCCUGGACUUCAUCAGCCCUCGCUUACGUGAACUAGAUCUCCAGGUCAACUUCCCCCAUGAACCCGCAAGUCAUUUCCACCAAAUUUGGCACGCCAAGUUCCCCCUGCUGACGCAUUUUACGUGCUACUUGGAGCGCAUCGACAAGCCAUCCCAGCCGUACGAUCCGGCGUCAAAGCUGGAACGCUUCCUGGACCAAAGCUGGACGCACUUGGAAUCCGCCAAGCUGUACCGAGUGCUGUACAACCGCUGGCAGUAUCUGGACUUUUUGCCGGCUAGCGAAGAAGGUCCGCUUUUCUCGCAGCUGAGCCGAACCUGUUCCACGCUGAGGGAGCUAUCGCUCGGAAUGCUGAAGCUCCAGGAAGAACAGUUUGUUCAGCUCUGCGAGCUGCCGCACCUUAGGGUGCUGCACAUUGAAGAAUCCACCGUGCAUACUCCAGGGUUGGAUAGCUGUCGAAAAGUGGAGAGUUUGGUGGAACUGUCGCUUCAAAGUACGGAAAUUGAUGACACGACCGCGUUCAAUGAGUUUAUCGGACGAACCUUCCCCAACCUGGCAAGACUUUCGGCUCACAACUGUAAAAACUUGUUCGAGGUGGCGGAACUCAGCUUUUCCAGGCUGGAAGCGCUGGAGCAUCUGUCGGUGCGACAGAUUCUUCCUCUCAGUUGGGACUACCUGGCCAAUCUGUCAACCUUCCCCGUGCUUCGCACCGUUACGAUAUUCUGUGACAGGUUUGCGGAUAACAGCCCAGAUCAGCGGCUAGCCGGAGUUGUUUCCGGAAGCAUUCGAACGCUAACGGUUACGGCCGAACUCAACGACGAGAUUCUACGACGAUUGGUUGAGUUUUUCCCAAACUUGACCACCCUUAAAUUGCGAAGAAUCGGGAGAUGUACUCCGAAGGGCAUUUUGGAGACUCGGAAAUUGGUUCCGAACUGUUGUUUUGAGCUUCCACGGAACUAAAAUCAAAUAAAAAAUAUGUUUUAAUUGAAA